UGGUUCAGGUCGAGUCUCGAAUCCGCUACAGCAGCAAGAGGAUGGACACAAAUCAGCCCAAAGUGGAGGCGAAUAUUUUACUGCUUGGAGCUGAUAAUGUGGGGAAGUCUGCACUAAUAGUGCGUUUCCUGACUAGAAGAUUUAUUGGAGAAUACGGCUCUAUAGAAUCCAUAUACAGUCAUCAUGAUAAGAUUGACGGCCGAGACAUCUGCUUCAACAUCUGGGACUCACUCUGUCCACAGAAUGCUGAAGAAGUGGGCCACAUCAGCAACCGGCAACUGCAGUGGUCCGACGGCUUCAUCCUGGUCUACAGCAUCUGCGACCGGGCGAGCUUCAACUUGGUGCGACAGCAGGUCCAAUACAUUCGCCAAGCGCAGCAGAAACUCUCCAGCUCCGUGCCGCUCAUCAUCGUGGGGAAUAAACGAGACCUGCAGCACCGGCGUGCCGUCUCCAGCGAGGAAGGACGGCUCCUGGCGCUCUCGGCUGACUGCGGUUUCUUUGAGAUCUCUGCAGCUGAAGCGCACCACGGCGUAGUCAUGGUGUUCCAUGAACUGUUGGACCAGAUCCGUGAGGCGAGGGCGCUCAAAAAGGGCGCGGCCGGGUUCAAGGGCAUCGUCAGGAGCAUGUCUGCUGUUUUUGGAAGGAAGAGGACUGAGUAGACUGAAAUCUUUCUCAGGAAAGAGGAAUAAAUAAUAUUGCGUCCACAUUGGACUACGAUUACUGAUUCGGUUUGGAUUUGAAUGUUUGAAAUCCGAGACUCUUGUGCAGCCUUAAAGAUGUCAUAAGACUUGUUUUUGCCCCAUCUGAAAUCUCAAAUCUGAUUGGUCAGGAGGUGUUCACUUGUAAACAUUCCACAACGUUAGAUAUAACAAACUGACUUACACCAACUUUUUUUUUUUUUUUUUUUAAGAGGCAUUAAACCACCUUAUUUUAUAGGGAAAAUGGUCAGUUUUUCAACAGGGUAACAGUCAGUUUAAUGGUGCACACGCACAAGUAUUAAUUCCUUACAUAUUGUAUAAGAGCCAUUUUAAUGACCCUAUCUAGUUGUUUUAAAAAAAAAAAUCACUAGGAGGCAAUUUCUAUGCAAAAUCCAUCUAUUUGUGAGUCUGUCUUGAGUGCAUAAUGGGCUUCGUCUAAGAAAGUCUCGAUGUUAAACCACUUCCCCUUCACUAGCAUGAGAUCUAUUCAGGAACAAUGGAAACACCCUAAUUCCAGCAACACACCAGUUUCAGUUUUUCUUGGACUACACUGACAGAAAUGUUGUAAUCUGAAUCCUAAUCUGCCCACACAUACGCGUUACUAUAAGCCUCGGGACCUGCCUUGAGUCAGACGGACUCCGAUAAACACUUGUUUCACACUGACUGGAGAAGCGUUACGUUACUUUAUUACACCCUGAUGGUUCAUGAUGCCCUGAAAUGAACCCUUUUUUUUUUUUUUUUUCUUUUAAAAAGAA